ACUGCUUCUUCUUCACUGGUAAAACCCUAAUCAAGAUUUCGCAUCAUAUUAUUGAAUCUCAUUUAUGUACUCGCAGAAAUCUUCCGGUUGCAAUAACCCUUUUAUCCUUUCCAAUUAACGACCUUUAACAACCACAGGAACUGGGUUGUUGGAAAUUUGAGAAAUUGAGAGUGAGACCUAGCUCGAUUUGGAAGAAGAAAAUGGCGGUCCGAGCUCACUUAUCAAUUCAAAACAGUAUCUACUUCUUAUCAUCAUCUGUUUCCUCAACUUAUGUGAUCAAUCCCGCAAGAGCCUAUUCUCUUCGGAAGAGACUCCCCUUAAACUCUCUUUCUUUCCCUUCUUCAAGACGAGCACUUUACUGUACUUGCAGAGCGGCGCGGCACCCUGUUAACGAUGAUUCUACCGGCGAGUCUUUCGUCCUCACAACUCCUCUUUACUAUGUCAAUGCUCCUCCGCACAUGGGUAGUGCUUAUACUACCAUAGCCGCUGAUGCCAUUGCCCGUUUUCAGAGGCUAUUAGGGAAAAAAGUAAUCUUCAUUACUGGGACAGACGAGCAUGGAGAGAAGAUUGCUACUGCUGCUUCCAGUCAAGGAACUAGUCCAAGUGAACAUUGUGAUGUCAUUUCAAAAGCUUACAAGAUGCUUUGGGAUGAUUUGGACAUAUCUUAUGAUAAAUUCAUACGAACAACUGAUGAGAAGCAUGAAAAGAUUGUAAAGGAAUUCUAUUCCAGGGUUCUUGCCAGUGGUGACAUUUACAGAGCUGACUAUGAGGGACUUUAUUGUAUUAACUGCGAGGAGUAUAAGGAUGAGAAAGAACUUCUGGAUGAAAAACGUUGCCCUGUGCACCUUAAGCCAUGUGUUUCACGAAAAGAAGACAAUUACUUUUUUGCACUUUCAAAGUACCAGGAGAAGUUGGAAGAGACUCUAGCAGAGAAUCCAGAGUUUGUGCAGCCACCUUAUCGUUUAAAUGAGGUGCAAAGUUGGAUCAAAAGUGGCCUGCGAGAUUUUUCUGUUUCCCGAGCAUCAGUGGAUUGGGGUAUCAGAGUUCCCAAUGACAGCAAACAGACCAUUUAUGUUUGGUUUGAUGCUUUACUUGGUUAUAUUUCUGCACUCUUGGAGGACGAGCAAUCCAGUUUAGAAGCAGCUGUUUCUUCAGGCUGGCCUGCCUCACUACACCUAAUAGGAAAGGACAUAUUGCGUUUUCAUGCUGUCUACUGGCCAGCAAUGUUAAUGUCAGCUGGACUAAGCCUCCCAAAAAGAGUAUUUGGCCAUGGGUUCUUGACAAAGGAUGGCAUGAAGAUGGGGAAAUCACUGGGGAAUACGAUUGAACCAAAUGAUUUGGUGAACAGAUUUGGAUCGGAUGCUGUUCGGUACUUCUUCCUUAGAGAGGUGGAGUUUGGAAAUGACGGGGACUAUUCAGAGGAACGAUUCAUCAAUAUCGUCAAUGCUCAUCUGGCCAAUACCAUAGGAAAUCUUCUUAAUCGGACGCUUGGAUUACUUAAAAAGAAUUGCCAAUCGACCUUGUCAGCUGAUUCUGCUGUAGCAGCAGAAGGAAAUGACUUCAAAGCUACUGUGGAGAAGCUGAUUGAUAGUGCUAGAGUCCAUUAUGAAAAUCUGUCAUUAUCAUCAGCCUGUGAAGCUGUGCUAGAGAUAGGAAAUGCAGGCAACUUAUACAUGGAUGAACAUGCUCCUUGGUCUAGUUUUAAGAAAGGAGGCACUGCUUCUGAAACUGCUUCCAAGGAUCUUGUAAUCAUAUUGGAAGCAAUGAGAAUUAUAGCAGUUGGUUUAUCCCCUGUUGCACCAAGUCUGUGCUUGAGAAUAUAUACUCAGCUUGGCUACACGGAAGAUGAACUCAGAGCCGUUACCUGGAGUGACACCGAAUGGGGUGGGCUUAAGGGUGGUCGGAUCAUGGCUCAACCAAUGCCUGUUUUUGCCAGGAUUGAAAACCAAAAGGAAGAUGAAGAUGGGAGCGGAUUGGAAAAGAAACUUGGUAAAAAGCAGAAAGUAGCUCCACAGAGGAGUACUAAGACUGCUGUGGAAGCAGCUUAAAAUUUUUGGUCAUAGGAGUAGCAGCAAAUUGUGGCUGUUAUUAAGGUUGAGUAUUGGACAUGUACUAAUAAUGAUAAUUGGAAACAUUUACCUUAAUAGAAUAUAUUUUGUUCA